CCGGUCAUCGAUCUCCCCAUCUUUCGCAGCAACCAAAGAAAGAACAACAAACCAACCCAGCUCUACAACCUCUGUCUGUGCGGUCGACAUACGUACACUGAUAAUCAUGGGUCGGAAACCAAAUGCGUUAAUUCUUCAACAUUUCGAACGAGGAGCGAAACUUAACGAUUCGAGCAAUCGAUAUCAACAUACGUGCAAGUCAUGCGGUGAGAAGUUUCCGAAGGGACGGAUCGAUAGCUUGACCACACAUCUUGUGAAGAAGUGCCCUGGUAUAUCCUUGCAAGAUAGGCAGAAGGCAUUGCUUGAGUUGAACGGAUUCUCCAGCGAUGCGGCUCGCAAUCAAAACGGUGAAGUACAACUGAACGGUCCCACAGUCGAGCUUCCUAUCGGUACUCGCAACUGGACUGCUCUCGAGACUCUGGCAGAGGUAUCACGACAGAUCGGUACCAAUGACCAUCCGGAUGGCAAGAAGUCUAGAUCUACACCUGAUCCACAAAAGCAGGAACAGCUUGAAGUGAGAGAGCAGUACACCCUAGACAACCCGCCGCUCAGCUACGAGCAACAUAUUCAAAGAGGCAGGAAGACUUCUUCCCAAAAGCAAAAUCGUAGAGAGCAGAAUGAAGCUACUCUUCAACAACCAACUUUCCCUCAUUUAUCCCACUCGCGCUCUGCAUCGCCAAAUCUUGCCAUGGCGGCAAGCUCCAUGGCAGCUGCACAAGCCGCGGCUCGUUUCAUUCCAGAUAUGGUUGACCCUCAACUCCUUGCAGAUGAUUCGCGUCAGCUCCUAUCGGACGCUGCCAACAGGCAUGUCUCAGAAUCCAGAUCUCUGGAGCAAGAUUUCAAUGCGGCUGGUAGCGGCAUGUCAGAUGGCUUUUUCUCUCAGCCCCAUGAUCAACAUGGGCAAUGGAUUAUGGACAGCAACUUGUAUUCCGACCCGAACGUCACCAAUAGCAUGCAAGGAACUUCUGCAACAGCUAGCUCCUACCCUCGGAUUACUAUGAGUGGACCAAUGACGACUGAGUUCAGUACAGAAUAUGGCAAUGGGGAGAAGCCUCACAAGCCGAAGGUUCGAGGAAAGUUUGACAAUUCACGUCGCCAAGAAGUUCAAGAGGUUCGAAAAAUUGGCGCUUGCAUUCGGUGCAGAAUGCUCAAGAAAAACUGCUCCACCGGGGAUCCUUGCGAUACCUGCAAAGGUAUCGAGGCUGCACGUCUAUGGAAGACUCCCUGCAUCCGUACCAGACUUGACACUAUCCUGGAUAUGUAUGCUUUGGGUUUACACUCGAUCCUUGCACGGCACGACUCAAAUAGCCAGAAAAACCAGGUCAAAUUCAGCAACUCCCCAUUCCAUAUCGAUGCUUCACACUAUCCCCAUACAGGCAUAUACGCCACUUUCAAAGCAAUUCAAGGACAGAAAAUCCCAGUUGAAGGAAACAUUGAUCCAGGCCUUAGCGGUGACUUUCCUGCUGCCACUGUUCGAAUGCUCGAUGACGACAAUGAUGAUCUCCCACUGAAGUUGGAAGCGUACACAAAGAGAAUGCUCUCCACAUUUAUCGACAACGAGACGUCGCAUUUUGUAAAGGUCACCUUGACUACUGCCCUGGAACUCUCUACUCAAAACAUGAGCGAAUGGUCCAGUCUUUUGACACGUGUCCUGGAUCUCUGGGCCAGCGUUCACAUCCUUGUUGACGGCGGUGGCUGGAACUUUUCAGAGAGAACUGAUCUUGAAACUCAACCUGGUCAAGGUCCUUUGAUUGAUCCGACACUUCAUGGAAAGACAUAUGCCCUACUUGUCUUACAACUUGAAGCUGCGGCUGAAAAAAAGGCGGCACAGCUAAGUAAGACGGUCAUUAAUGACGUGGAGAGGGAUCUUCUAUUAUCAAAAUCGACAGGCUCAUUUGCGCACUUCCUCGUUGCUGUCAUUCUCUUACACUGUAUUGAAAAGUCCACCUGGCUCUUCCAGUGUUGGGAGCAAGACGAGUUUAAAGCUCGCUGGCCUCUUGAUAAGCAGCCUAGUCAUUUCACUUCUCAAGGUGACAAAGUCACCAACUUCUUGCAGAUGCUCUUGAGGAUCAGGAAAAUUCUCCCGAAGACUUACCAGAAGGCGGACGGGACUAUGGGUACAGAGGCUGAUUCGAAUGCAAGCCAAUAUUUCGAGAAAUGCCAACUCAACUAUAACCAUGUCCUCAACCAACAAACAAACUUCGUCUUCGAUAAGAGCAACUCUAACUCUUUCGACUUCCGCUUCGUCUCGAAGCUACUGCUUUCGAACACAUAAUUCUGGUUCAUUGACUGCUGGCGAUCUCUCAGAUUGAGCGCCGGCUAUCGUCUCGCAGGCUUAUAUCCAGUUUGUAUAGGC